UCGGAACCUUUGAGUAGCUUAGUCUACUCGCCAACGUGCGACGACCAAGAUGGUCUCCGUAGACCUGUUCACGACCCUUUGUUUGGGUAUAAUUAUAGUGCUAGUGUACCAUUACCUGGUGAAAAAGUAUCAUUACUUCCUAUCGAAGCCGAUACCAUGCGUGAAGCCGACGAUCCUUGUUGGCACCAGUGGACCGCUUCUGUUCCGUAAGCGAGAUUUGGCGACCCACAUGAAGGUCAUGUACAGUGCCUUCCCGGAUGCAAAGAUAAUCGGCAUGUACGACCUGACGAGUCCGAUCUACAUGCUGCGCGACCCGGACAUGAUCAAGAAGCUCGCGAUCAAGGACUUUGACCACUUUACCGACCAUGGUCCGUACCUGACGAACGGCCGCACGGAUGACAACGCCGGCGGGGACAGUUUGUUCGGGAAUUCGCUGUUUGCAAUGCGAGGUCAGAAGUGGCGCGACAUGCGGGCAACGUUGAGUCCGGCCUUCACCGGAAGCCGGAUGCGGCCGAUCUUCGAGCUGGUGACCAAGUGCGGCCGAUCGAUGGCCACGUUUUUCAAGGAGGAAGCGCGGGCGGGGCGGAAGCUGGAGUACGAGAUGAAGGACACGUUUCAGCGGUACGGAAACGAUGUGAUCGCGACGGUGGCGUUCGGGAUUGAGGUGGAUUCGAUGCGGGACUACAACAACGAAUUCUUUGAGAUGGCCACAAAGAUGUUGUCGUUUUCGUCUUGGAAAAUGGUGCCGUUGAUGGUGAUUAUGAGGGUUUUGGCAGCGCUGGGACAGAAGACCAACAUGGACUUUAUGGAUAGUAAACUGUCGGAUCAUUUCAAGAAGAUGAUUAGGGAUAAUAUGAAGCAACGGGAGGUAAACAAGAUUGUACGGAACGAUAUGAUCAAUAUUUUGAUGGAAGUUAGGAACGGAUCACUUAAGCAUCGACAAGAUGAGCAGGAUACCAAAGAUGCUGGAUUAGCUACGGUAGAAGAGUCCAGCGUAGGCAAAACAACUCACUCCAGAAAGUGGACCGACAAUGAACUGUUUGCGCAGUGUUUCUUGUUCUUCAUAGCAGGAUUCGAUACCGCAUCUACGUUGAUGUCCUUCCUCGCUUACGAGCUGAGUGUCAACCCAGAUAUUCAAGAACGACUCCACGAGGAGAUACGACAAAAGGAAGACUCAUUAAAAACAAACCCACUAUCAUACGAAGUGCUGCAAAAGAUGCAAUACUUAGACCAGGUCGUAUCGGAAGCCCUGCGCAAGUGGUCCCCCAACAUGCAGCUGGAUCGGUACUGUCGUAAGGACUACCUGUACGACGACAACGCCGGAACACGGUUCGUGAUCGAACAAGGCCACAUGGUGGUGAUCCCGGUGAUUGCCAUGCAUCACGAUCCCCAGUACUUCCCCGAGCCGGAAAGGUUCGAUCCGGAACGUUUUAGCGAGGAGAACCGCUCGAAGAUCAACACCGGAGCGUAUCUUCCGUUUGGGGUGGGACCACGGAACUGUAUCGGAUCGCGGCUGGCACUGAUGGAGGUCAAGUCGAUCUUCUACCAUCUGGUGAGGGACUUUAGGUUGGUGCUGUCGGGGAAAACGCAAGUUCCGCUAAAGAUGGCCAAACAUCCGUUUGCGUUGUUGGUUGAGGGAGGUUUGUGGGUGGAGUUUAAACCGAGAUCGUGAAUAAAUAAAUAAAUAUAAUAAUAUUGA